UCCCUGCUGCCCUUCCUGCCCUUCCUGCCCCUCCUGCCGGGCCCCGCGCUGGCCGCGGCCGCAGAAACUUCUCCCCAGUUACCAGCACCAGAAAACGUGGAGAUUUAUUCCUACAACUUCCAGAGCGUGCUGAGGUGGUCUCCUGUUGUAGUGGAGAACGGCUCGGUGUUAUACACAGCCCAUUACAAAACAGGUUUUUUCGAGGAGUGGAGCGGGAUGGGCUGUGCUGGGAGCCCCCAGCCCCAGUGCAGGUUCCCCCCGGAGCUGCGGCGGCGCUGGACGGUCGUGCUGCGCGUCAGGGCCGAGCUGGGCGCCCUGGCCUCGCCCUGGGUGCUCACACCUCCCUUCGUGGCAGAGAUGAACACCACUCUGGGCCCCCCCAAGGUGAACAGUGUGAGCAGCAGCCCCGACUCUCUGCUCCUCAGCAUCAGUCCCCCCUUCACCCCCGAGCCUGGGGACCUCGUCCAGUACCACGUGUCCUACUGGGAGAACACAACCAGUGCUAUAAAACAAAAGCUAAGUGAAAGCAAGACACUAUUCCAGAUUGGAAAUCUAAAGGAAUCAACACUUUAUUGCUUCAGUGUUCAAGUGCAGCUGAAGAUCUACUCAGGGCACUUCUUACAGGGACAGCAAAGUGCCCCAGAGUGUCACAGAACUGCCCUCAGUGAGGCAACCCAAGCUGUGCACAUCAUCCUCCUGUUUGUCCUGGCCUUACUCUUCGUGCCCCCAGUGACAUAUGCUUUGCUGCUUCUGUGGAAGUACCACCAAAAAAUCAAAUAUUGGGUUCAGCCCCCCCUGCAAAUCCCAUCACACUUCAGGGAGUUCCUGAGGGACCCUGGCUUGUCUGGCUUGGAGCUGUACAGUCCUGCUGAGGAGGAGCCCCAGGCCCUGGUGCUUGGAGAAGGAAGUGGCCUGGAGGGUGAGGAUCCUUCACCUGAGACCUCCAGGGACAGGGGGGACACUGAGGCGACACCCCAGUGAGUGUCACCUGCCCCAGGACUGGCCAGAGGCUGCUCCCAUGGCUGCUGGCAGGACAGCCCUGAACAGAGAUCCUGGGAUCACAGGAUAAUCCUGAACAGAGAUCCUGGGAUCACAGGACAGCCCUGAACACAGAUCCUGGGAUCACAGGACAGCCCUGAACAGAGAUCCUGGGAUCACAGGAUAAUCCUGAACACAGAUCCUGGGAUCACAGGACAGCCCUGAACACAGAUCCUGGGAUCACAGGACAGCCCUGAACACAGAUCCUGGGAUCACAGGACAGCCCUGAACAGAGAUCCUGGGAUCACAGGACAGCCCUGAACACAGAUCCUGGGAUCACAGGAUGAUCCUGAGCACAGAUCCUGGGAUCACAGGACAGCCCUGAACACAAAUCCUGGGAUCACAGGAUGAUCCUGAGCACAGAUCCUGGGAUCACAGGAUAAUCCUGAACACAGAUCCUGAUGCUCCAGGGGCCUCUGCCCAGCUCCCCCGACUCCUUGCUCUGCCAAAGGCACUGGGAAGAGGGAGUGUGGAAGGGAAAGGAAAGGAACACUAAACUGCCUGAAGACAGGUGGAUAAAAGGGGUAAAUUCCCACUCCAGCUUGGAGGAAUAAUAGCACUUUAUUGAUGUGGGAUAACCUGGGACUUUUCAGGGAGCGAAGAGUUGCAGUGUAAAUUCCAUUUCUGCUGGUUUUGCAAUAAUACUCCCAUUCUACCCACUCCAGACUGCUUUCCUGAAUCAUUUCAAGUGCAGCACAAACUAAAAAGAAAUUUGUAGGUACUUUCCUUGGGAUGAGCCUGUGCCAAGAACCCCUCCCAGAGAGGUCUGCUCAUAUCUGCCUCCUGCCAGCCUCCUGGGAGCAUUAAUCUGCUCCUGCGGCCAGCCCAGGGCCCUGCACACCACAAAGGACCUGAGAAGAAUUUUGCUCCGAGUUUUUUACAGCCUGUAUCAGUCACUGUCACACACUAAAAGCUCCUGUUGACACCAGCAGGACUUGACUCAGAGUUUUCUGGUUUUAGUGCCUUAAAGCAGAAGAGCCCAAGUUAAACCCCACAUCACCCCCAGUGGGGUCUGGAGUGUCCAAUAAAGCACAAAGAACAAAUGAACCUCUUCUGUAGUAAAAAGAUGGAGUUGUUUGGUUUGUUUAUUUGGGUUUUUUUUCCUGGGUUUGAUACCAGAAAAUUGAUAUGAAUUGUUUAAAAAAAAAAGCAGUAAGAAAUGUGGUUUUUUUUGUUUGGUAGUGGCUGGUUGGAAGGCCCUGGCAAAGUUGGUGCCACUGUCUCAGCCUUUCCAGCAGCUGCCAAAAGCCUCAUCAGGUUCCUUAAAACAGAUCUCAUCCCUUGGGAUCAGCCAGGCUGCUGACAGGGGAGUUUCAGGGAAGGCUGACUCAUGUGGGAAUGGUCACAUCAGCACCAGGCCUGCUUGAAUCACCCACACUCUGAGGCUGGGCUGGGAACAAAGGGCACAGCUCACAAAAAGGAACAACCAAACUCACCCAGAAAUAAGGUUAAAAGCUCCUGGGAGUAUCUGUGUGUAUUCCUGAAUAAACCCUGGACUGCUGUCCUGUGUGCAUUCCUGAAUAAACACUGUCCUGGAUUGGCUUGUUAAAUA